AUGACCGCUUCAAGUCGCCCUGCCGAGUACCGCGAUGUCCGCACCGCAAACCUCAACACCAUCACAUUCGACAACCUCUUUGACAAGGAUGAGGCCGAGUUAAAGCGUCUUGUUCAGUCAUGUGAACAGGAAGGCUUCUUCUAUCUUGACCUUCAGAGUGCCGCGUCUCAAAAGUUCUGGGCGGACCUCUACAACAUUGACAACACUACCAAGAAGUGGUUCCAGCAACCGAUCGAGAAGAAGCUCGAAACCCCUACUGUCUCGCUUGCACACGGAUUCAAGGCUGUAGGUAACCAGUCGGGUUCCAUCGAGUCUAAGAAGGAUGGUUUCGAGGCUCUCAAGAUCGGAAAAAGUGAGCUUGAUGGACGCUGGGCACUCCCAGAUGUUGUCUCUGACAAUCUUCCCCUGUUUGACCAGUUCGCUUCAUCAUGCCACUUCAUCUCCAGGCUUCUUCUCGACUGUCUCUCCGACGGCCUUGAGCUGAAGGGUGACGCCCGCUUCGAGACACACCACCGCGAUGACUGCCGCUCCAAGAGCACCCUGUACUUUCUCCACUACCCCCCUGGCGCGCAGGACCCCAACCAGGUCGGCCAGAACAUGCAUACGGACAUCGGAUCUUUGACGAUCCUGUACGCGCCUCAGUGGGGGCUCCAGGUGUUCUCCCCUGCUGACGGUUCCUGGGAGUACGUUGAGCCUCGGCCUGGCCACGCCAUCGUCAACGUGGGCGACACUCUGCGCUUUCUCUCCGGUAAGCGCUUUCGCUCGGCGCUGCACCGCGUGCUGCCUCUCGGGGGAAUUCAGAUGGAGGACCGCUACUCCAUCUCGUAUUUCCUGCGCGCCUCUGACUCGACCGAGUUCAAGGACAGCGACGAGGAUGAGUCGAGCGCCAAGCAAUGGUACACCAAGAAGUAUGCCAUGUACGAGAUGCCCCACGUCAUCCAGAAGCAACAGACGACGCUCUCGGGCGGGAUGGCGCAGGAGCUUCAGGCUAGCUUCUGA